AUGGACGCAUAUUCCGGAUACAACCAGAUUCCGAUGCACCGACUAGACGAAGAGAAAACAGCGUUCAUCACCCCAGACAGGACGUACUGCUACACAGUAAUGCCCUUUGGUCUAAAAAAUGCUGGAGCAACCUAUCAAAGAGUGGUUAACAAGAUAUUUCGAGACUUAUCCGGUAACAAAUUAGAAGUCUACAUAGACGACAUGCUCGCCAAGACCGAAUCCGGCGAACAACUAACCGACGACCUCAAGGUCAUAAUGAACACCCUACGAAAGCACCAAAUGCGACUCAACCCGGCAAAAUGUGCCUUCGGAAUGGAGGCAGGGAAGUUCCUCGGCUUCAUGAUUACGCAACGCGGAGUUGAAGCAAACCCAGAGAAAUGUCGCGCCGUCCUCGAGAUGACGAGCUCCAAAAACCUUAAAGACAUCCAAAGGCUUACCGGCCGACUGACGGCAUUGUCACGCUUUCUCGGGGCUUCGGCCCAAAAAGCGACCCCUUUCUUCAAACUAAUGAAAAAAGGAGCCCCUUUCAAAUGGGAGACGGAAUGUGAAGAAACAUUCCAACACUUCAAGAGGGUCCUAGCGGAAUCACCAAUCCUCGCCAAACCCCAAACAGGGGAAACACUUUACUUAUACCUCUCCAUAACGGAAGAGGCACUCGCAGCAGCACUCGUCCGCGAAAACGAGAAAAAGGAACAAAAAACCGUAUACUUCAUAAGCAAAGUCCUACAAGAUGCGGAAGCUCGCUACUCACGCUUAGAAAAGCUAGCUUUCACACUCCUUACAGCCUCCCGACGCCUACGACAAUACUUCCAAGCUCAUUCCAUGACGGUUCGAACCGACCAGGCGGUCAAGCAGGUGUUGCAGAAACCCGACCUAGCGGGAAGAAUGCUAGCGUGGUCCAUCAAACUAUCUCAAUUCCAGAUCAAAUUCGAACCCCGAAAUGCGAUCAAAGCACAAGCUAUGGCCGACUUCAUCGCCGAGAUGACUCCGGGAAAGCUCACCCCCGAAUCAUGGAAACUACAUGACGACGGCUCAUCAAACUCCACCUACGGAGGCGCCGGAGUCAUACUCGAAAACCAAGACAGGAUCACGAUCGAACAGUCGGUACUAUAUGAAUUUCCAGUAUCAAACAACCAAGCAGAAUACGAGGCCCUCUUGGCAGGCCUAUCCUUAGCCCGGGAAGUCGGAGCAAAGGUCCUAGAAGUAAAUACCGAUUCACAGCACGUCCCUAGGGAACGAAAUGCCAGAGCAGACCUACUCUCCAAGCUAGCCAGUACCAAACCCGGACACGGUAAUAAAUCACUAAUCCAGGAAGUCGUUAAGACACCCUCUGUGUCAACAACAACCAACGCUCACCUGACAAUCUCAAACCAGGGAUCUUGGACCUACCCUAUUCUGCAAUACCUCCUCGAUGGAACACUGCCACCAGACCCCAAAGAGGAAAAACGAAUAAAAAGGGAAGCCGCCAACUAUACCAUUGUCACAGGACAGCUAUACAAACGCGGAUUCUCGCAACCCCUGCUCAAAUGCAUCGAACCCGAGAACACGGAGUACAUACUCCGUGAAAUCCACGAAGGCUGCUGCGGUCACCACGUCGGAGGCAAAACAUUAGCCCAAAAAGUCAUCAGAGCAGGCUAUUUCUGGCCCACGGUUAUCCGGGAUUCCAUACAAAUAGUUAAAAACUGCGACAAAUGCCAAAGACACGCCAAUAUCCACCAAGCCGCGCCGCACCAGCUCAGCACCAUAUCGGCAGAGCGGCCGUUCGGCACUUGGGGCAUCGACCUCGUCGGACCCUUCCCUACGGCACCUGGCCAGCUUAGAUACCUCAUCGUCGCCAUAGACUACUACACUAAAUGGAUCGAAGCCGAACCCCUGUCCUCCAUAACGGCAACCCAAUGCCGAAAAUUCCUCUGGCGUCAGAUCAUCACCCGAUUCGGGAUCCCCGAGAUCGUUAUCUCGGACAACGGAACCCAAUUUACCGACAAAAAAUUCAGAGAAUUUUUAGAGGGGCUAUGUGUAUCUCACCGUUUCAUCUCGGUAGAACACCCUCAGACAAACAGACAGGUAGAAUCCGCAAACAAAAUAAUCGUCAAAGGACUUAAAAAGCGGCUCGACGAAGACAAAGGACUAUGGGCCGACGAACUCGGGUCGGUCCUAUGGUCAUACCGAACCACACCUCAAACGACAACGGGAGAAACACCUUUCCGACUAACAUACGGUGUCGAGGCGGUCAUCCCGGUAGAGAUCGGAGACCCAAGCCCCAGGAAAACGGUCAGAGGUAACGACGAGGAAGCAGAACGAGACCUCAUUGACGAAACCAGAAGCAUAACCCAUCUCAGGGAGCUAGCCCUAAAGCAAAGAAUCAGCCUGAGAUAUAAUCACGGAGUCAUCCGGCGAGAAUUCGCGGCCGACGACCUCGUCCUACGACGAAACGAUAUCGGUCCCCCGACCCCAGGAGAAGGGAAGCUCACCCCCAACUGGGAAGGACCAUACAGAAUCAAGGCUGUAAUCGGAAAAGGAGCGUACAAACUCGAACGGCUCAACGGCGACGAAGUCCCGAGAACAUGGAACGCCGCCAACUUGCGAUGA